GUUCACACCCGAGCUGUGACAGCCGACUGAAACUCAUCAUGCACUUCUUCGCCCUUCUUGCUCUUGUCUCUUACGCUGCGGCGGAGGGAUAUGAAGACCGGAUUGUCGGCGGUGCGGAGGCUACCCCGGGUGCCUUCCCGUGGCAGGUGUCCCUACAGCGGUCCGGCAGCCAUUUCUGUGGCGGCACGCUCCUCAACAGCCAAUGGGUCCUCAGCGCCGCUCACUGUUUAAACAGUGCCAUAACCGUGGUCGCUGGAGAGCACGACUUGAGCAGAAACGAGGGGCACGAACAGAGGCGUAGCGUAGAACGGAUCAUACUACAUCCAAACUUCAACAGCAACACCCUGGAUAACGACAUCAUGCUCAUCAAGCUCAGCUCUCCCGUCACCAUCAACUCUUGGGUCAGCCCAGCGUCUCUGCCAGGGCUGGGGGAAACACUGGAUGUAAGUACCAGGGUCACCGUCACGGGCUGGGGGAACACUGGAUCUGACUUUCCGAAUAAGCUGCAAAGGGUCAGAGUGCCAGUCAUCUCCCGCAACACCUGUAAUGACGCCAACACGUACAACGGCGCGGUAACGACCAACAUGUUCUGUGCAGGCUACAUGGACGGCGGCAAGGGCUCCUGCCAGGGAGACAGCGGCGGCCCCGCGGUGAGGGGCGGUACGGUGUACGGUGUGGUGAGCUGGGGACCCCAGACCUGUGCCCAGCCAAAGUACCCGGGAGUCUACACCAAGGUGAAGAAAUACACCGACUGGAUCAACAGCUACAUCAAUUAA